CCUCUUUUAAUAAAAAUGGCUCCAACACAUCGUGACUACUGCUGCUUUUGCAUCCCAUUCCGCCUCGGGGUCACUAUCUUUUCACUCCUGGCCCUUGCCCUUGGAGGAUUCAGUAUCUGGAGUGUCUUGAGAGCUGGCGUCACAGACUCAACAGCCAAAACCGUUGCCUAUGUCAGUACGGGUAUAUAUGGAAUCCUUGGUGUUUCCGGACUGAUGAGCGUCAUCUUCAAGCGGUACGCGCUCGCCAAAAACUUCUCGGUUCUCUGGUGGACGGUCACCGUCCUGAUCACAAUCCUUUCAACUUUCAGCAUGAUCUUCUUGGCGACGCGGGCCAAGGACGAAGUCAAGAGCAUCUGUCAGGCCGACCUGUUGCAAAAUGAAAACGACAGCGGAGCUGUGGGUUUAGCCACAUUGGCGGACGAUGUGGAAGCUUGCUAUAAAUACGUGCUGUUGAUCGCAGGCGUGGGCACGGCGGUCCAAGUGCUGGUAUUGUUGGUGGGCGGAUGGGUUGCCAGCCGGUACACGGGGGAGGUGAAGUGCUACAGGAGAGGAAAGAGCUUUACAAACGGACAGACAUGUGGCUCUGUACAGGUAAACCCUCUACAGAGCUUUAACCAGCAGCCACAGGGAUAUCCUUCUGCACAUCCUUACAUGCACGCCGAUUCAAAAGGCGAGUGGCUCUGAAUGUAAUGUCGGGUGAAGGUCUGUGCCCUGAAAGAAUUUAUUUCAUCACACCUUGAUCCAAAAUAAUAAAAUUGAAGACAGAAACUAAGAAAAGUAAAGGGGU